GGACCCGCAAGUCAGAGCCAUCCAACCACCCGCCCUCUGAUUAUUUCAGGCAAAUCCACUCGCGUCCAGCCACAAAUCCUCGCCGCCGCCGCCCGGACCCAGCCGAGCCGACGAGAUGCCGCCGCCGCCUUCCAGCUCCACCCCCAGCCUCGCGCUGCGCGCCAUGACCCGGUCCCAGGCGGACCCCGACCUCCCGUCGCUCAUCUCCGACCUCACCUCCCUGCUCCUCCACUCCCCCGCCGCAUCUUCCGGCGCCGCCGCUCCCGUCUUCUCCUCCUCCUCCCUCUCCAUCCCCAUCCCCGCCCCCGCCGCGCCCAAGCCCAAUCCCGCCCCCGCCGCAGCAGUCCCCACCCCUCUCGCGCGCGCCGCCAUCGGGGCCUGCGCGGGCGCCGCCGCAGGGGCCUUCACCUACGCCGCGCUGCUCCCCAUCGACGCCGUCAAGACCCGCCUCCAGGCCGCCGCCGCACCCUCCGCCACCGCCUGGCAGGUCUUCCUCGACAUCCUCCGCACCGACGGGCCCCUCGGCCUCUACCGCGGCCUCUCCGCCGUCAUCCUCGGCUCCGCCUCCUCCUCCGCCGUCUACUUCGGCACCUGCGAGCUCGCCAAGUCGCUGCUCCGCCCCCACCUCCCGCCCUUCCUCGUGCCCCCGCUCGCCGGCGCCAGCGGCAACAUCUCCUCCUCCGCCAUCAUGGUCCCCAAGGAGCUCAUCACGCAGCGCCUCCAGUCCGGCGCCGCAACAGGCCGCUCCUGGCAGGUGCUCCUCCACAUCAUCCAGACCGACGGCUUUUUCGGCCUCUACGCGGGAUAUGCCGCCACGCUCCUCCGCAACCUCCCCACCGGGGUGCUCAGCUACUCCUCCUUCGAGUACCUCAAGGCAUUCACCCUCAAGAGUCGCGACAAGGAGAGCCUCACGCCAGGGGAGAGCGUGCUCUGCGGCGCUCUCGCGGGGGCCAUAUCCGCCGCGCUCACCACCCCGCUGGACGUCGUCAAGACGCGCCUCAUGACCAGGGUGGGAACGGAGGGCAGCCGCACCGUGCUGGGGACGAUGAGGGAGGUGGUCGCGGAGGAGGGGCUCAUGGGCCUCUCCCGUGGCAUUGGCCCCAGGGUGCUGCAUAGCGCGUGCUUCGCGGCGCUAGGCUACUGUGCCUUUGAGACCGCAAGGCUUGCCAUUCUGCAGUGGUACCUUGAAGGUUGCCAAAGGAAGGCUGCAGCACAGCCACAGAUGGAGCCUGCUGCUGCUGCCACUUGAAUUUGCCAUCUCUUCCUUCAUUCCUUGAGGGAAGGUAACUGUUGCUGGUCCUCAGACCUCAGUAUGCUAGUCCUUGAGGAGUGUGAGGUUUUGUUUCAGUUGAGUAGAUCAGGUGUGUAUUGUAUGCUAUCUUGAGGCUGAUGUACCUGUUAAAGUUUCUCGGCUACUGUUUAGCAUCAUCAAGAGUUCAUUGUAGAGUUGAAUGAUUUCAGACCAUAAGAGUUAUAUAAUACCAGGAAAUCAACCAUUUGGUCAUUCUA